ACCAGGCCUGCACGAUCUUCUCCCUCCUGCCCAUUGCUCAUGGAUGUUAUUUGUGAAGAACGGUCCACCCUUCGGGCAGCUGAGAGGAGAUGGCGCAAGUCCAAAGACGAACAACCUGCUUGACCCCAACCAAUCGGGCUUCAAGACUGGCCACUCCACAGAAACUGCCCUCCUAUCAGCCACCACUGCCCUCCAGUCUGCCCGAGCGGCUUCGCGGUCAUCCGUCAUCAUUCUGUGGACCCUUCUGCAGCAUUUGAUGUGGUUAAACAUCAGAUCCUGCUCGCCAGACUUUCUGAAAUGGGCAUCACUGGCACUGCACUUCAGUGGAUCUCAUCCUACCUGUCGGGAAGAUCCUACCAGGUUUCCUGGGGAGGCAAAGUGUCAGGCCCCCGUGAGCUCUCAACUGGUGUCCCACAGGGCUCUGUCCUUGGACUCCUUGUCUUCUCCCUGUACACCACCUCACUUGGACCAAUCAUCACCUCUCAUGGCUUCUCCUACCACUGCUACGCUGACGACACCCAGCUGUACCUGUCGUUCCCCCCGACUGAUCUGGGGCUCUCACCUAGGAUCGAGGCCUGCCUCGCAGACAUCUCCGCCUGGAUGACCAAGCACCACCUCCAGCUGAACCUCACCAAAACAGAACUUCUCAUCAUCCCGGCCAAACCCUCCAUCUCCCACGAUCUCUCAAUCACCCUGGGAUCUGCGACGGUGACCCCUUCAUCCUCUGCCAGGAACCUCGGGGUGACCAUGGAUGACAAGCUCUCCCUCACAGCCCACAUUGCUGCGGUCUCCCGGUCGUGUAGAUUCACCCUCUACAACAUCCGGAAGAUCAAGAGAUACCUGUCUGAGCACUCCACCCAGCUGCUAGUCCAAGCACUUGUCCUCUCAAAGUUGGACUACUGCAACUCGCUGCUCGCCGGUCUCCCAGCAUGCGCAACCCGCCCUCUCCAGAAGAUUCAGAACGCGGCAGCCCGCCUGGUCUUCAAUCUACCCAGACGCUCCCAUGUUACCCCGCUCCUCAUCUCCAUCCACUGGCUUCCCAUCACGGCCCGUAUUAGAUUCAAGACCCUGGUACUGACCUUCCGAGCUGUGAACGGGACUGCACCCAACUACAUCAAGUCUCUCCACCAACCUUACACCCCCACCCGCCACCUACGGUCUUCUUCUGACAACCGUCUGGUGGUCCCACCACUCAAGACAAGCUCUUCUCCUGUCUGGCCCCCCAAUGGUGGAAUCAACUCCCCACCUCGAUCAGAGACACUGACUGUCUCCCCACCUUCAAGAAAGGGCUCAAGACGCCAAUUUCCCGGGAGUACAACGGUACUUAGGAAUGUUUGGCUGGACCUGAUGUUAGUUUUAGGGAGUCAGGUGGCUGAGCGGUUAGGGAAUCGGGCUAGUAAUCUGAAGCUAAUGACGUUGUGUCCUCGGGCAAGGCACUUCACCCUACUUGCCUCGGGGGAAUGUCCCUGUACUUACUGUAAAGGCCGAUAUAUGCUUCUGCGUUUUUUGAAAAAUGGACACAUGGGAACGCCCUCAUCUACAGGGAACGCCCUCGAUGUGCACCUCCUGAAUUUUCUAACUAUCCGUCGUAAUUUCGGAGAGCUACGGAGAGCUACGAAGACCCCCUUGGCUGUGAUUGCCGAUGAAGGCUGCCUCGGUCGUUAGGUGCAAUCUUUUUUUGUCUUGUUUUGUCUGUUAAUUCAGUGUUCUGCCAAGAUUUCCGAGGUUCUCUAACAAGAGAAGUACUUCUAAACAUCAGGACUACAACUCCUGUGUAUUUAUUUCCCACUUUUCUGCUUCCAGCAGCAGAAUUAGUGGGAAUUAUAGUCAAAGCCACUAGGGAUGGGCGUGGUUAAUCGAAUAUCCGGAUAUCCUAAAGUAAGUUAGUAUUCGAAUACUUUUUUCGAAUACUUAUGAGCAUAGUUUAAUUAAAAAACUUUUUUUUUUAAUGAAAAACCGUUGCGUCUUGGUGUGAAUUCUAAUAGUUGUGACGUUAGAAAUGAUGAAAACCAUCAAAAAAGGUAAGCUACGUGACCCUGCGUUCUGCUGCGAGUCUCCUUUCAUUUCAUUUGGCGCUACUCGAAGCUUAGUUUCCUGGCUAAGCAGUAGGUACCUCGCAGCAACCUCAGUUCCUGCAGAGUCGUUUCUACGCCGGCCUGCUCGUAUAUCGA